AUGGAGGGAGAUAAGAAGUACAUUACAAGCGAAGAGCUCAAGCAACACAACAAGGCAGGAGACUUGUGGAUCUCUAUUCAGGGAAAGGUUUACAAUGUCUCUGACUGGGCAAACGAGCAUCCGGGUGGAGAUGUUGUUCUCCUGAAUCUGGCAGGCCAAGAUGUUACCGAUGCAUUCAUUGCCUACCAUCCUGGAACAGCAUGGAAGUAUCUUGACAAGCUCUUUACAGGGUAUUAUCUCAAAGAUUUUCAGGUAUCAGAGACAUCCAAGGAUUAUAGGAGGCUUGCUUCAGAGUUUGCUAAACUGGGUUUGUUUGAAAAGAAAGGACAUAUUACUAUGUAUGCGCUGGCAUCUAUUGCGUUGAUGUUUUGCGUUGUUCUUUAUGGUAUUUUGUGUUGCCAGAGUGUUUGGUCUCAUUUUGGAUCUGCUGUGUUGUUGGGUUUUCUUUGGAUUCAAAGUGCCUAUAUUGGUCAUGAUUCAGGGCAUUACCAGGUAAUGAAGAGUCGUGGUUAUAACAAACUUGCUCAAUUUCUUGCUGGGAAUUCCCUUACAGGUAUUAGCAUUGCUUGGUGGAAAUGGACCCACAACGCACACCAUAUUGCCUGCAACAGUCUUGAUUAUGAUCCUGAUCUUCAACACAUACCAGUAUUUGCGGUAAAUUCGACCUUUUUCAAUUCUAUAAAGUCUUGCUUUUACGGAAGGUACUUGAAUUUUGAUCCUGUGGCAAGAUUUUUUGUGAGCUACCAACAUUGGACUUUUUACCCGGUAAUGUGUGUUGCAAGGGUCAAUCUGUAUAUACAGACAUUCUUGCUAUUGUUUUCAAAGAGAAAAUUCCCAGAUAGAGCUUUGAACAUCAUUGGAAUUCUUAUAUUUUGGACUUGGUUCCCUCUACUUGUGUCUUGUCUCCCUAAUUGGCCCGAGAGGGUGAUGUUUGUGCUUACAAGCUUUGCUGUCACCGCAAUUCAGCACGUUCAAUUUUGUUUGAAUCAUUUUGCGGCCGAUGUUUACACCGGACCUCCAAAAGGGAAUGAUUGGUUUGAGAAACAGACAGGUGGGACUUUGGAUAUUUCGUGCUCAUCUUGGAUGGAUUGGUUUUAUGGUGGUUUGCAGUUUCAGCUUGAGCAUCAUUUGUUUCCAAGGAUGCCAAGAUGCCAAUUGAGAACAGUUUCACCAUUGGUACAGGAUCUAUGCAAGAAGCACAAUUUGUCUUACAGGAGUUUGUCCUUCUGGGAAGCCAAUGUGUGGACAAUCAGAAGACUCAGGAAUGUUGCCCUGAUGGCUAGGGACCUGUCCAACCCUGUUCCUAAAAAUAUGCUGUGGGAAGCUGUUAACACUCAUGGAUGA